AUGAGUAAAGAAAAAACAGGUCCAGGAACAACUAUUAAAAUUACUUUUGGUGAUAUCAAAAAUCGAGAUACAUUUGCGAAAUUAGGGCUUCAAAUCGAUCAUAUGCAUUUUCCGGUAGAAAAGACCAAACAAAAAGUUGUUCCGCCACAAUGUCAUUCGUGUUUUCGUUUUGGACACGUAGCUAAAUAUUGCAAACAAUCGCAUCUAAUUUGUUCUCAUUGUACUGGUCCUAAUCGUUACGAUGUUUCGACAGAUCGAUAUUCAUAUUCAUCGGUAAACACGCAAUAUUUUGUACCUGUGCCAAAAGUUCAUGAUCUUACAGAAUAUCCGACGCUUUCAUCAUCAUCUUCGUCUAUUAACCCUCAAACUAUCAAUAAUAUUAUUGAAGCAUGUAUAGCUGCGACACCAGCAGCAAUCGAACGUAUAUCCGAGCAAUUAGUUGCUAUGUUUACCAAGAAAUUAGAGGAAGUAACUCAUCAAAUUCUAUCUAAACCUCAGCUGCCAGUGGAUUUAACCAUUGAUUCUCUCUCUCGUGAUUUCAAUUCUGACCUUGAUAAAAAAGAAGGAAAAAAAGAUAAUGAUUGUUCAUUAAAAAUUUCAUCUAAUCCAGGUCAACUAUCGAUCAUUGAUGAUGGAGAAACUGCUGCAGCUGAAUCAAAGCAUACAUCUGAUACACACCAAGCAUUACGACCUACUAUAUCAAAUACCAAUGGAAUGAAACGUUCUUCUAAUAUCGAGUCGUCCACCUCUCACCAACCCAUACGAACAAAUAAUAGCAAACAACGUAAAGUUACCAAAACAACAAAAUUAACAAAUAGCAUACCAGUGAUCUAA